AUGGCGUUAGUGCGGGAGGCGAUGACGAUGUACGACGGCGGCUUCGUAGACGAGGCGUCCACGUUCGACGCGCUGCUCGGCGGAGCCGACGCGUCGGCGCUGUUCGACUUCGGGGGCUACGGCUACGCCCACGACGUGCCUAAUAGCGCGAGCUGGGCGGGCGCGGGGCCGUCCAUGCUGGCGUUCGAUCGGGCAGCGCAUGGUCACGGAGCACAGGCCGUGGCGGCGGUGGUUGCGGACGAGGAGGCGGACUGCGACGCGUGGAUCGACGCCAUGGAGGACGACCAGGCCGUGCCGGCGUCGUCCAGCAUAGGCUUUGACCCGGCCUCCGGCUGCUUCAGCCUCACGCAGAGGUCCGGCGGCGCGCGCCGGCCGUUCGGGCUGCUGUUCCCGAGCACGCCCAACGGCACGGGCUCGCCUGACGUCGCGGCGCCGGCGCGCUUCUCCACACAGAAACGGCCCUCUUCGGUGCGCACGCAUGAUGCGGAGCCGCGGGCCGCUAAGAGGCAGUGCGUCGCGAGCAGGAAGACGAGCAAGCCGAAGCUGCCGGCGCCCACCACCACCCCGCCCAAGGACCCGCAAAGCCUCACGGCAAAGAACCGUCGGGAGAAGAUCAGCGAGCGGCUGCGGACGCUGCAGCAGCUGGUUCCCAACGGCACCAAGGUGGACAUGGUCAUCAUGCUCGAGAAGGCCAUCAGCUACGUCAAGUUUCUGCAGAUGCAAGUCAAGGUGCUGGCGACGGACGAGUUCUGGCCGGUGCAAGGAGCCAUGGCGCCGGAGAUCUCCCAGGUGAAGGAGGCGCUCGACGCCAUCUUGUCGUCGACGCCGCUGUCGGAGAGGGGCCGACUGAACUGAACUGACCUGAAACUAGCUAGCUAGAAAUAAACUACUUAGCUUAUAAGCAAUAUUGUAGAAAUUAAUCUAUAACGAACCACCUCGUUCGAACAUAAAUAAGGAGGCACGCAUCUGCAAACGUACGUCC